CUCCAACCUCCAGCCUGAUGACUGAGGAAGAAGAGCGAAGCACACAAUGCACAGCAGCAGCACGGCUGGGCUGACAGACAAGGGUUGUGUCUCUCUCAUUUCACCAUUAAUUCCCAGUUCCGUGGAAACUUGUGAAACAACAGCAGCGGAGCCGUUCAGUUCCUCUGCUUGUACAGUUUCACCCAGGACUAUGAGAUAAAGAGACCGGAAACGACGGCUGACGGUUAACUUCUUCCAAACAUUGGAUUAUAAAGAGGCUGUAUGAAGGAGCUGCCCAGCCCAUCGGGGGGCUCGACUCGACGGACACCCUGGAAAUCGACACCGAGGCUUUAAAAUUUGGGCCUUGGUGUUUUUCUUGUUAUGAACGAAAGGAGAGUUCUACGUGAAUAGGCGACAUAUUAUUAUUCUGUGGCGGAUAUUUUUAUAUAGCGUAUGUAAACUUCCUGCACGCGUUAACGUUUGAGGGAUUGGUUGCGGGUGGUUUAACUGGUUAGCCGCAUUGCUAACAUUACGUCUUUUCUUUUGAUCAACCAUCGGCCAUCAACAUUGGGACAUUAAGAAAAAUGGCUCGUGUGGCUGUGUGGUUUUAAUUAGCUUUCAUCUGUAUAGCUCAGCAUGUCCGUCUUUCCGAGUGUGUUUUGCUAAUAUUGUGAUAUCCUUAAGUUGCGGUCCAAAUAAAUUGUAAUAUAUUGCGCUAGCCGCGAUGCUAUCGAAAAGAAGCUAAUCGCUGACCUAACGUCAACAAGCCUUUACUACUUAAAGUCAACUAGACAGCUUAUUUUUAUUGGUUAGAUUGGGCUCGGUUAACAUUAGCUGACAACAUUAACGCGACAAAAUGAACAUUAAUGAUAAACCGCAUUUUUUAGCUAAUACAUUUUUGUAAAUAAAUGUAAAAUAACGGUUGUGUUGUAUAAAAGCAGGGUUUGAUUUUGUUGCAUUUAGGCAGCUUAUUGGGGUUCGUCUGUUACACUAGUCUUUUUGUUUACAUGCGUCUGACCUGUGUGAAUAUAUAACCCGAGACACAAUCAGCCAUGUCCUGACAUCUGUCGUGGAUGCGGAUCUCCGUCUGUGUUCUGAUUAAUUGAAAUGACACUAAAAUUUCGCAGAAAGAAAGGCACAGAUGCCAAUAGACUCUUGUCAUUGGACGGUAAAUAAACUGCUGGUUACAUUAAGGCCAUUUUAAACAGAGGCUCCCUCUGAGGGCCUGUGUGGUAUUUUUGUUUUACUUCACCCAAAGUGGUUCGGUGCCUUCCACCGAACCUGGACUUAAAUAAGUGCCUUUUGGUCCCGUUGGCGUUACAAAGGGAGGUGGUGUUCGAACAUGGAGGGCCCGAGCCGGAGCGCUGGUUUCAGACAGAGCCGACGGUCCCGUUCACAGCGAGACAGGGAGCGGCGGCGGAGGAGAGUGGACCUGGCCGAUGAGCGGGCCACGUCCCUGUCCUCGGGCUCCGAUCGAGAGGCUUGCGGGACGAACAACGGCCUCGGCCCUACCGGGAGAGAAUGUCGGCCCGGUUUUGGGAGAAACAGGCCUCCACGUCGGAGGAAGAGGGAGUCCGUGUCCUGCGAGGAAGACAUCAUCGAUGGCUUCGCUAUUGCGAGCUUCAUCAGCUUGGAGGCACUGGAGAUGGACUGUUCCCUGAAGCCCAAUCAGCGUACCGACAUGUUGGGAAGGAGGAACAAGGGGAAGAGGGGCCCCGAGCAGAACGGCGGGGAGCCGCUGUCGGGACCAGAGGAAGGACCUCCUCACAGCUACUCCAGCAGCUGCUGGAAAAAGAGCAUUAACAAGAGAAGAAAGAUCGAGGGUCCUCUUUUGGAGACUGGCUACAUAUGUGACGCUGAAAGCGAUACAGGAGACAAGGCUUCUGACAACGACAUGGAUCCCGUGUUCACAGUCAGCACUAGAAAAGUGGUGGAUCCCGCUCCUUCAAGCAUGAGCACGUCCGUGGGUAAAACCUGCCAGUCUCUAGCUGCAAGUUGUGGCGGAGUCUCGCGGUUAAUGGUGACCCCUCGAGUGUCCGGCCUGGAGCGAAGUCAGGAGAAAAGCUUGGAGUCGCACUUCCCAGAGCCGGUUUCUUCGUCUUCUACCUCUUCUGUUUCCCUGUCUUGCCUGUCUUCCAACUCCUCAGUCACAGCUUCAGGCGCCGUACCCCGGCCCAGUCCGAUGAAUGGGAACAGCACUCGUUACAACUGCAGCCCGCCACUCUCCAAACCCAAACCCUUCCACAGUUUGCCUCCACGCUCUCACUACAAGAGCAGCACUCCAGUCAAACCUCCAUUGUCUGCUUCAUCUGUUGCCUCCCCUUCAAUCGCUAUGCGUUCUCCAACUCCUUCCACUAGCGUGUCCCUGUCCCACAGUCGGGGCUCAGGCUCUUCAGGGCCCCUCCGACCCCCCUCCCGAGCCAGUGCUGGGGCCUUGUUCACACCUUCACCUGGCCUGCCUCUUCCUCCACCUCUACUACAAAUUCCUGCUAAUUCAGCAGCAGCUGCAGCAGAGCGCGAGGGCAGACGCAGCGUGCCAGGGGCAGAAAAUAACUCUACAGCAACGGGCCGCACCACCCCCGGUGCUCCAUCGGGAUCGAGCUCGGCCUCCAGCUCUUCGUGCCGGACGUCUCAUAACCAGACGAGCGUCCCGCCGCUGGCCUUCCAGUUCCAUCAGCACAACCACCAGCACCAACACACACACACACACCAACACUUUGCGCCCUUUAUGCACCCCUCAGCUACUGCACCUCCUCUGUUUGAGAAGUAUCCAGGCAAAAUGGAAGGGCUGUACCGGCAUCCAUUCUUCCAACAAUACACCCCACCCUCAGUGUCAAGUAUUCAGCCUGUGAUUCCUCCUGCUGGGCCUUUUGGCUCAUUGCAAGGAGCAUUUCAGCCAAAGCCUCUUGUUCCCCAGGGAACAGCUCCUGACGUAACAGCGCGACUCGGGGUUGUGCCUCACCACCUGCAGCCCAAAGACCCCAGGCUAACUGAUCAUUUUGGGACAUCGUUGAAAAUCAGUAAUAAGCCAGGAAAAUGGUGUGCUAUGCACGUGCACGUGGCCUGGAUGAUUUUAAGCCACCAAAAGAAAGUGAAGCUGAUGCAGGCCGAGCCUCACAAGCUGGACUUUCGGAGUGACCUGCUGGCCCGUUUUCCUGGAGCUGUGGGUCUGGGCCAGCUGGGGCCCAUGGGAGGAGCCCUGCCUCCAACUCAUGACUUGACUAGACCCCCUACUCUCUUCCAAGCUGCAGGUGCAGUUAAUCCAUCUUCAGCACCUUUCAUCUCUCCAUCUGCGCCACACUCCUCUUUCCUUCCGCCCGCUGCUCACUUAGGUAGGAGAAACUUAAAACAUAAUCCAUAUGUUCGAUCCCCGCCAUUUACUCCCCUUGGAGCUCUUGGUUCUGGUGCCUUUGGUGGACUCGGCAGCCCAACGCUGGCUGGCUCCAUGUUUGGUCAUAAAGACCCACCGCCCAAUACGGUCGGGGGUUUGUCCACACCUAACCAUCUCGACGCGUGGAACCGUCUGCAUGGUGGUCCAUCUGGGUUCCCUGCACCCCACAGCUGGGCUAAAGGAGCAGAAAAAAGGGAAGAGAGGGAUCGAGGGAAGGAUGGAGAAAGGAGGGACAUGCCCCAAAUAAAGCAUGAAAAGGACAGAGACAACAUGCUGUAUGGCCGACAACCCGUGAGAAUGUCUCCACUUGCCUCGUCCUUCAAGCCCCGCAGUAGCACCCCAGUCUCCCACUUAAAUGGACACAGCAGUGCCCUGGGGGGGAGCGGUGGACCAUUAGAGGACCUGACGCGCAGCUUAAACAGAGACCGAGAUGAAGACAAGAGGCCAGUGCCCACAGUGUCCUCAAGGAUUCCUCCUCUUGGCCCUUCAUCUUUGGGAGCAGAGAGGGACAGGCCUCGGUCUUCCUCAUCUUCUGUCCUCACUACCCCACCACCUUCCAACCACUCAAUCCCAUCUCCUUUGGACCUGUUCCCUCGCUCACAGGCUCAAGCGGCCCACAGCCUCCACAGUGAACCAUCACACACUCACAGAGACAAUAACGUCCCGGCUUUGUCAGCAGCUUCUUCUUCUGUUGCUUCGUUGUCUCAGGCCAAGAAGUCUGACCGCACCACAACGCCUGUUUCCAAACCUCUGCCCCCCCCACCAGUUAAAGUCAAAGAGGAGAGGAAAGAAGAGCCAGAGCCCAUCCCCAUUACCCUCCAUCCCCAACUGCCUAGUCACAGCUUUGACCGCCCCAACAGCCACCCACAUCACCCCAGUUCUGGUACCCCUUCCUCCUCCUCCUUAUCACUCACUCCCACUCCUGUUGUUUCCCUCCCACCACCCACUUCAAACACUCCUUCCCACCUGCCACUACUGGACCGCUCAAGGGCAAUUGAGGCUUUCCUGGGAAGUGCACCGAGUGCUGCUGGGUUUGUUGUAGGUCCAGCAGGUGAACGCUUUACUCCUGGUCACCCUCAAGGCCCCGGUCAGGGUCCACAUAGCUUCACCUGGGAUCCCUGGAGGGAGUUUUCAGUUCAGCAGCAACAUCGUAGGGAUGCUUUGGCAAUUCGGUCAGAUCCGCACCUAGCCCUGAGAUCUGAUCCACAUUUGGCUCGAUUGUUCCAACAGAGGCAAAUGAUGGAAGCAGAAAGGGCUGCAGCUGUAGCUGCAGCAGCAGCAGCAGCCGCGCCUCAGCACCCUCCUACGUCUACCUCCGCUGGUCCCUCUGCUGCUGUUCGCCCCGAUUUUGGACUGAUUCCCUUUGAUCGCCAUCCUCACCUUGGACCUCCCGGAGGCAGUCUCAUUGAUGAGGAGCGAGCCCAGAUCUUGAGGGAAGACUUUGAGCGUGCCCGCUACUUUGGGAUGCACCCACAUCUCCCUCAUGGCCCUCACCUGUCAAGCCCUUCUCAUGCUGCUGCCGCUCACCUGGAGCAGCUCCACCCUGGCCUUCUCGGCCACCCCCUCCCCUCUGGAGCCAGUGCUGCUUCCCAGCACCACGGGGGUCUGUACUCUCGGCUCGGGCCGAUCAACCCGCAUCACAUGCCCAAUGGCAUCCUCUCAAAGACAACUGCAGAAUUGGUGGGAGCUCUGUCAGUGGGGGCACCACCUCCUCUCAUUCCGUCCAUAACCAGUCGGUCGUCUACUCCCCCUCGUAGUUCAAGACUGGGACGGCCAGGUGAACUGGCGCUGUACAGCACCCACAAAGAUGGGGAGUCCAGAUAGUACUGGGAUGACAAUGGCGGAGAUUAAGGGAAAUGUCAGGAUCACUGUGCUGCUCUCAACUUGUCCCCUUUUCCUCAUUUAGACUACUAAAUCCUGCCUUCCCAUUUACACAACCAAACCAGCUUCAGACCCCCACCCCCCCACCACCACCACCACUCAAAUAAGGAGACAGACAAUAAAAAGUAACAACAGGCUGAAGGAGCAUGGUUGUGAGGAAAAUGCAAGACUUUGUGUAAACCCAACAGUCUUUUCGGUGCAAUGGCUUCGGUACAUGGUUUCUCUGCAUCCAUGGUGAAUUUUUAAACUGGCUGUUGGUUCAUCUCUGAGUUUAUGAAUCUGUAAGAAGAGGCAGAGGACAGAUUCAUCAAGUAAUUUAUGAUCCAAGCUCUUAAGCAAGCAUUUCCUAGGUGGGUUAGAGGUGACUUCCAGAGAAAUUGACACCUUAAAACAUGCUUCAACUUCAACCUGGUCACUUAUUAUCAUGUACUUUAAUGCCCUUCUUAACAUUAGCCUGGUAUUGUUUUUGAGGGGUUUUAAAAUCACAGUAGUAAACACAUUUUUGCAUCUGUCAUUGUGAAAAGGCACAUUACUGAUUAGACCAUUUAGUUAAGAUCAGUAAACAUCUUACCUCAGUUUAAUGGUUUAUCCAAAAAUCCUGACUCCACACCCUCACCUUUUACUGAUGAUGAGAUUGAAAUGUUUGGCUGUUUUGCUUUCAAAGGAUGUAUGGCUAAUGAACUGUGCAACUGUGUGUGAGUGCACACGGUGUUUUAGAGCUUCCUUUAACUGAUUCCCAGUCUCCUCUUGACUAUAUGAGCAGGACCAGAUUAUAGUAGUCUAGAGAAAUUGCCUUUGUAAUUAUUAUUCGUAACAUUAAUUAUCUUCUAUAAUAAUAAAUAUAUUCAUUGUUAUGUUACUUGUCAUUGUUUGGUUAUCAACCAGCACUGUCUCUCUGCAGGAAGUAAUCAUGCAAAAGGCUGGCUUCACUGAAACCUUUUUCAUGCUUGUGAACAUUAAGCCUUAUCCGUGGCAGCCUCUGGCGUCAUCAAGGAACUGAGUUAAAGCCGAGAGCCAGGCUGGCCCAUGAGUCACUGGUUGUGUGUUAUUGUUGGGACUGUUGAAACCUUGUACAUUGAACUGUCAAUGUUGUUUCAUCAACAAAAAAAUAAGUUAUAUACAAUAAUGAGUGGGACAUCUGCUGAAGAACUGAAAAAAAAAAAUUAAAACCAUGUUGAAAUGAAACCAGACAGUGAGUAUCCUGAGGUAAAAGACUGGGUCGGAUAUUUUAAUAUGACCAUUUUAUACCUUUCAAAUCCUCCCCUAGAGACCACAAAGAAUAAUUAUUAAAUGAAUUGUUGUUUA